AUGAGGUGGAUGUCGCUAUGGCUUACAUGGUUGGGUCUCGCAGCAUCAGGGAAAGUGAUUCCCGUCAUGCCGGAGGGACCACUAUUCCCAGACCACGACUGCCUCGGUGUUGGUGUUUUGAAUGGCAUCGAUUGGCCUCACUGGUUGGCAAUCUUCGAGAAGGGGCCGCGUGCGUGGACGUCAGAAGGCCAAAGGUACUUCGACAUCUUCAUGGACGGAGAUGAGGAGGCGUACGAUAGUUGGGUGGAAGCAUGCCCGCUGGGCGUCCUGAAUGGUGAGCUGGCCCUCUACUACUUUUCCGCGGUGAGAGGUGACACGAAAGUAGCGGCAAGCUACAGAGAUAUUGUCAGCCCAAAGCUCGCUGCCAUGCCACUGCGAACAAUCAUAGGCUCCCGGUGGCCCUUGUUCCUGAUGCUUUCGUCAGAGAAUCUGCGGAAAGCACCUCCACCAGAAGGAAGUCCUGAUGUAGCCAAUGAUGAUGCUGCGAACUGCGUCCAUGUAGACUUGCCAGUCCUAAAUUGGACAAAGUUCCAAUCACUGUUCUGGGGGGAAAAAAACAAGGUCAAAGACUGGAUGAUGGGAUCUAUUCGCUAUGUCUACUCAUGGCAGAUGGUCCACACUCCAGAGGAAGUCUUGAUAGAGUGUCCUUUGGGCUAUCUCACGGCCGUGUUGAUCAAGGCCUUCACAUGCGCCACUUCGGAAAGCAGCUGCUUUCACAGCUUUGCCAAUCAGAUCGAGCAAUUUUUCGUUAAAGAGCCAGACAUUGUGGAAGUUUUGGCACACAGCUGGUGGCCUUUAGCCAUGCUGUUGAACCACAUGACAAAGGCCACACGCCACAAAUACUUCUUGGACUUCACCGAGGCCGAGCUCUCUGGCAACCUCGCCGCUGCACAUCCUGGGUCAGUCUCCAGUCUUGGCGAGAUCGGCCGUUUCCUGGGGACACAGGAUCAGGCUUCGCAAAGCUUCCGUGAUCUCCUGUCUGCUUUGCCGCAGUUGGGCAGGGCUCCGCCAGAGGCACCAAAUUUGGUGUACGUGACGAUGAUCUACGGGGAGAAGUUCAACAGGCACAUGCGCCGCUUUUGCUCACGAGCACGAGCUCUGGGAAUACCCGGAGAACGGCUGAUCCUGUUCACGCUUGACCAGCAAGCCUAUGAAAUGUGUUUGAGUGAGAAUGGUGGGCGUUGCAUAAGAGGAAGCCCUGGCAUUUUGAACAAGUUCACCUUGCCGUUGGUUUGUGCACAUCUCGGAUUAGAUACUGUGUGGAUCGACUUGGAUGUGUUCCUGAUGGUCGAUCCAACACCAGCCAUCAUUGCGCACGCAGAGCGGGGUCCCUACGACAUCUUGGUCUCGGGCUCUUUCGAGGCUGAUUGCAUUUGCAAUGGCAUUGUGUAUUUCCGCGCCACCCCUGCUGUGAAAGACUGGCUGCUGGGUGUUCUUGUUUGGAUGUAUCAUCAUCCCUACGAGCACGAUCAAAAGACAUUUAGCGCCUUCUUGAACUACACAGAAAGAGUAGCGCAGGAUCCGCUGGACUUGCCUGAGAUACCUCCAUGGGAUACCUUGGACCCCAUCAACCAAUUCGUGACCCCAGAUAUUUUCGAAGGCAACGGUUGGAUGGGAGACUUGGACAAGAUCAUUAUUUACCAUUUCUUGAAUGGUGAAUCAGACACAGGGUCUGGCUUAGAUCCCAGUGGCAGUUGGAGAAAAGAGUAUGGGCGCUUCACAUCGGACAAUGAGACCUGUGAGGGCAACAGCUGCAAUACUGGUGGCAAGGUAUCCCUCAUGGACCUAUUCUAUGGGCAAACGGACGAAGAGCUCUAUACCACACCAAUGCCUGCCUAUGAAAAUGAGGCGAUUCGAGCGGCAUUGCUUUCAUCUCGGAAGGCAUUCCGCAGCACCCGUCUCUUGGGUUUGCCUUGCGGCCCAAUGGUAGGUUGGGAAGACCAGGACGAAAAGCUUCCGCCAGAAGUUCUUCAGGAGAGACUUCAGAAAGUAAGGGAAAGAGCAGCAAGUGAGAGGAUGAAAGCAACGUCGUGA